AUGGAUAUCGACGAGGACGAUGACUUUUACGGCAACGAGGACCCCGCCGUCGAGACCUCCACGACAGGUCCCGCAACCGAAGCUGCAGCGCCUGAAAACAAAUCCUCGCCCAAAGUAGAGUCCAAGUCGGAAGAGCUUGAGGAGGGCGAAGAGGAGGACGAGGGCGGCGCCAUGGAUGAAGAUGAGGACGACUCAGAUAUCGAGAUCGUCACCGAGCGUAAGGAUGGCACAAAGGCGGCACCGCCCACACAAUCACGCUACAGCGACAUCAGAAACAUCCCACAAAGGUCGGCUUCCAACGACAUGACAGUCAAAGCCGCCCCUCUGAAGAAAGAGGAGGGCUCCGCGGGAGCCUCGCCCUCCGACCUUCCUCUGGGUGUCCCCAGUGCCGACAAGGCUGCCGCUGCAGCUUCCAAGUCGACUAUCGACGUCAACGCGAACCCCGACUACCCCCCCGUUGGCAAGCCCAUCACCGCGGUCAACAUCGACGAGGAUCUGACCGAGAACGACAAGCCGUGGCGCAAACCCGGUACUGAUAUCAGCGACUACUUCAACUACGGCUUCGACGAGUUCACUUGGGCUCUCUAUGCCGCCAAGCAGGAGGCUGUCCGCGGAGAGUUCAGCGGCGACGCUAUCGCCGCCGGUCAGAAGAAGAUGAUGGAGGACUUUGGCAUGAUGAUGAUGGGUGGCAUGAACCCCGCUGCCGCUGGCGCCCAGGGCGGAGGCAUGCCCGGAAUGGCGGGUGGUGGCAUGGACGGCAUGCCCCCUGAGAUGCAGGCCAUGAUGCAGCAGAUGAUGGGUCAGGGUAUGGACCCCAGCCAGAUGGACCCCUCAGCCAUGUCGGCCAUGUUCAGCGGCAUGCAAGGCCAGGCAGGAAACGCGGGCGGACAGGGCGGCCAGGGCCAGAACUUCAACCAGGGCUUCGGCGGAAACCAGGGUCAGUACGGCGGCUACGACCAGCAAGGCAUGGGCGGCGGCGGCGGCGGCAACCGCGGCGGAUUCGGCGGUAGGGGCCGUGGCGGACGCCGUCAGUGGUGA